AUGGACAUGUCACUAUUUCCCAUCCCUUUUUCACGCAUAUUGACAGGCUUCACAACAUGCCCCACCGCCAAUAUCCCUAAUGUCCACCCCGUCGACCUCCUCGACAAGCCCCUCGGCGUGCACAAAGCCACUUCCAAGACCCCCCAUCACCUUGUCGUCCCUCCCAUCCCCGUUCCUGGCGGGAGCGAAUUGUCGCCAGCAUGGGAGGCAUGUUUUUCAAACGGUAGUAUCAACCCUGGAAACAAGACGGCUCCUCCUGGCGGUUUUGGUUUCUACUUACAUGGACCUCUGCCAUUUGCGAAAGCACUCAAGGAGUUGGGGGACGAGGAAGAGGUCAUUUUUAGCUACGAUGUGCUCUUCGACGAAGGGUUUGAAUGGGUCAAAGGAGGGAAGCUGCCUGGCAUUUACGGUGGGGCUGGCGACUCUGCGUACGGCUGCACUGGGGGUCGACAGGAAGACAGAUGCAGGUGUUUCGACCUCCGGUUGAUGUGGAGGGAGAAUGCAGUUGGCGAGUUGUAUGCAUACCUUCCCCACCACGACAAGAACACAGAGCGCCUCAUGGCCGUCCCACCAAAGUCUAUCAGGCAUCCGGACUACGGCUUCUCCGUAGGACGCGGCGCCUUGAAGUUCGAGUCUGGGCGGUGGAUGCGGAUUGCAGAGAGAGUGAAAGUCAACGACGUAGGCAAGGAGGAUGGCGAGAUCGAGGUCUUCGUUGAUGGACGCUCGGUCAUGCAUGCGAACGGCCUCGUAAUCCGGACGGAGGAAGGAGCGGACGGUCGUGUGCAGGGCUUGCACAUGCAGACAUUCUUCGGCGGUCAUUCACCCGACUGGGCUUCACCCAAAGACCAGCGCGCAUGGUUCGCAAACAUAUCCGGUGCCAUUCUCAAGCGACAAGUUCGACAUAAUGAACUGUGA